AUGACCAAACAAUGUAUUUGUCAAAUCUGUACAUGUGGUAAACAUCGUUGUCCACAUCGUCCUUAUGGUGUCGUCGGUAAAGGUGAUCAAGCAUGUGCUGUGACUGAAUAUCGUUCCGAAUUCGUACCACGUGAAGGUGCUGCACGGGAAUCAUUUAAGCCUGAUUAUACCUUACAAACAAAUACAGCACCACUGGAUGAUGAAACAACGCACAAACAUGAUUACAUCAAACAUACAAUGGAGAAACCACGUUCGUUCAAACCAGAAGAAGUUUAUGUUCCACGAGGUGACUUCGAUGCUUUGACAAGUUAUAAUAAAGAAUAUACACCUAAGGGUGGUGAACCAGCAAAAAUGAUCAAGCACCAUGCACAAAAAAUUGUUUCUGCACCAUUUGAAGGUGAUCCAACAUAUAAAGCUGAUUAUCGUAAAUGGGAAGCUGCUCGAACAGAACCUAUUCGUCAUGAUGGUGGAUACGUUGCUUCAGCUGAUCCGUUCAAAGGUGAAAGUACUUACACAACAGAUUACUUAAAACAUCAAGCAGCUAUGCGGCAAGCUAUCCGACCUGAUCAUGCAGUUAUGCAAUCACAAGAACCGUUCGAUGAUCGCACCGGAUAUCGAACAGAUUACAUUCAUCAUCCACAACAGGAACGUUUUCAACGUGCAAGAGAGGAAUAUAUGCCCAAUAAAGCCAGUUUAGAUUCGUUAACAACGCAUAAGAAAGAUUUCACACCAAAAGAAGCACUCCCAGCACGAUCAAUGAAACCAGACAAUCAAGGUUAUGCGUCGAAUGCUCGUUUCGAAGAUUCAACAACAAAUAAAACAGAUUUCAAACGAUGGGAAGUUCAACCAAUUCAAACACAUAAACCAGAAGAAUAUCGACCAAAACCAGGUGAUAUGGAUAUGAAUACAAUGUACAAUUCGGAAUUUACACCAAAACCACUGGCAAAAGUUAAUGCUGUCAAGCCAGUUGAACGACGCGCUAUUGAUGCUAAAUUUGAUGGUAGCACAACGUACGGUGGUGAUUUUCGUAAAUGGCCUGGAGGACGACCACCGGCAAUUCGAGCACAAUCUGGCUAUGCACCACCAAACAUGCCAUUCGAAGGGAUGUCUACAUAUAAAGGACAUUAUAUUCCUCAUCCUGGCGGCCCACAACCAUCCUUCAAACCAACAGGAGCUGCUUAUCAAUCAUCAGCACCAUUCGAUGAUGCUACCAUGUAUAGAACAGAAUAUACAGCUAAAGAAAUUGAACCAUGCCCAGCUGCACUUCUUGAAACACCAAGAAGCAAUUUCACACAUCAUCAUACUGAACCAACUGGACACAAAUUUUAUGAAUCCCAACAACAAGCAGCAAUGGCAUACUAUCAACAGCAACAACAACAGCAGCAAGUUACAGCUUAA